AUGGAGCCUUCUUUCUCUUCUAUUGAGACCCUUGUGAAGGAGAUAAAGAAAGAGAUGUUCUCAUCAUUCUCUAUUAUUUCUCCAUCCACAUCUGCUUAUGAAACUGCAUGGCUAGCCAUGAUUCCCGAAGACCCGCAUGAAAGAAAGAACCCAGCGUUCAAGGGUUGCUUGGAUUGGGUCCUCCAUAGCCAAAACGAUGAAGGGUUUUGGGGUGAAGAAGACAAAGAUGGUCAUCCCACCAUCGAUGCCCUUCCAGCCACUCUAGCAUGUAUUCUUGCACUCAAAUUGUGGGGGAUUGGAGAUGAUAAUAUUAAUAGAGGACUGAAAUUUAUCAAUGAAAGUAUCGUGAUCAUUCUAAAGGAGAAACAGAGAUAUAAUCAUCUUCCUUAUGGGUUCGUCCUUCUUUUCCCAUCAAUGAUUAUUCAUGCUCAAAAGGCAGGAUUGGAAAUCUCCUUUACUAAUGAUCAACAUAUGAUCGUAGAAGACAUUUUCUUAAAGAGGCAACAAAUUCUUGACUCGAAGUGCAUAGUUGAACAAAAUGAUUGUUCAUCGUUUUUACCAUAUUUGGAAGCAAUUUUAUUGUCAUAUGAUCAAGUUGACAUGGGAAUCAUAACAAAACAAAUAGGUUAUGAUGGUUCCCUUUACAAGUCUCCAUCUGCUACAGCCCAAGCCUUUUUGGCCACCGGGGACCAAAGAUGCCUCAAAUAUCUCCAGUCCCUAGUUCAGAAUUUUCCUAAUGGAGUGCCACCAGUGUAUCCCAUAAAUGAAGAUCUGGUGAAGGUUUGUGUGGUAGACCAAAUACAAAGGUUAGGGUUGGCUGAGUACUUUCCUGAAGAGAUUCAACAAAUCUUAUCCAUUGCUUACAGGAAUUACGUGGGAAUCAACAAAUUGCAUAUCGAAAAGAAAAAUGAUCAUUUCUUACCAUUAAGGCUAUACAAUGACUCGUUAGCAUUUCGACUCUUGCGUUUGCACGGCUACGACGUUACUCCAGGGAAGUUUUGCUGGUUUUUGGAUGACGAACAAGUGAUUGGUCGUAUAAAGAAAGACAGUAGUCAAUUUUUGAGUGCCAUAUUGAACAUAUACAGAGCCACCGAUCUUAUGUUUUCAAGAGAAACUGAUCAGUUGGGUGUUGUGAGAUCGUUUUCCAGGGAAAUUCUGGAGAAAAGUAUGUCACUGGCAGAAAAUGUCAAUGAUUUUGUUGUCAUAUUACCAAACUUUCUCAAAAUGGUUGAGCAUGAACUUAAUAUGCCAUGGAUUGCUAGACUUGAUCACCUUGAUCAUAGGUUUUGGAUUGAGGAAAGCAAAUCUCACCCACUUUGGGUUGGCAAGAGCUCCUUCUACAGGCUGCCAUUGCUUCAUGAUGAGAAGCUAUUAAGACUGGCUGAGCAGAACUACAAGUUUAGGCAAGCUAUUUAUAGAAAGGAAUUGGAGGAAGUGGGAAAGUAA